CGUGCCAAAAAGCAGGGAGUUGCUGCGCUUGCGUUGGAAACUCGAGGAAUCCAGGUGAAGAUCAUUCAGUGACUCCAGGAAGAACUAACAAUCUUUGAACACACGCGACGACGUUUAGCCAUACAAGUGCAGCCUUCUGCUAUUCCUGGCACGCAGAUUUUCCUAGGCCGGAUUGGCCUUUGUGCGAGUUCCGGAAGUUUAGCGAUGGGCGGAGCCAUAGAUCUACGGUGGCACGCUGAUAAGCUUUCUGAUGGGCGAGGGAUUGCUAUUAUCCAUGCUGGGAUGGGCAGUAGCUGAUUAAAUACACUCUGGCGUUUGACACCGCAAUUGGAGUACCAAUGUGAAUAGCUGUCACGUGAUGUUGUAUGAAAUAUUUGUGAUUAGUGUUGUAAUGCAUCCUGCUCCUUCUGAAGAGUCCGAAAGCAUCUAACAUGCCUGAGAUUACGAUUCUCAAACGACCGAGGGAUGAAGCUGUCAUAACCCAGCGGAUGUUCUUCAAAAAGACUGCCCGAGGAAAAGUUAUCAAAGUCCUACGCGAACGGUACCUUCGAGACGAUAUAUCCUGCGGCGUCAACGGCUGUAAGGCAUGCUCCGCAACAGCUCAGACCGUCCUUUCGCAUUCUGGGGACACCACCCACAAAGAGUUCCCCACAGGGCACUAUAUCCUGCCCGAUACCAAUGUAUUUCUUGCACAGAUGGACUUGAUCGAAUCCAAUUACUUCACACCACCUAUCAUCAUCCUACAAACCGUUAUGGAGGAAGUCCGUCACCGGUCGUUACCCUUGUAUAGUCGCCUCAAGGCCCUCACGACAACUGACGAGCGGAAAGUAUGGGUAUUCUAUAAUGAGUUCAGGUCAGAGACCGCUAUCGUGCGAGAAGACGACGAGACGCCGAACGACCGGAACGACCGAGGUAUCAGGAAAGCCGCAGAGUGGUACAACGCGCAUCUAACACUAGCACACCCUCCGAUCCGAGGUCAACCAAAUGUAGCGCUACCAAAAGUUGUAUUGAUCACAGACGACUUUGCGAAUCGCCAAAAAGCAGAAAAGGAGAAAAUCCCAUGUAUUUCAGUGCGCAAUUAUGUGGACGGGAUGAAAAACUCGGAUCAACUGCUUGAUUUACUUUCGGCGACUGGCUCGGAUGAGGUGGAGCCUACUAGAGCUGUUGCAGGGCGUACUGCGCUCUAUGAUGAUUAUCUUCCUAUGUCUACCCUCGUAGCGGGAGUCAAAGCUGGUCAACUCCAUCAAGGCCACUUCAAUGCAAAUCAAUAUAACUACCUCGAGGGUAACGUUCCUGUCCCUGCAUUCACGAAACCUGUCCUUCUAGUGGGCAGGGAAAAUAUGAACCGAGCAGUCCAGGGCGAUGUCGUGGUGGUCGAAGUAUUCAACGAAAGAGAAUGGAAAGCACCGACUGACGAGGUCAUCGACCAGGAAGGCAAGCCAUCUUACGACACUAAAAACGAUGAUGCAGAGGACUCAGAGGAAGAGGGCGACGACCUGAUGGUGCACGAGCAUGAAUCCAAGGCUCUUCGCGCCGAGCAUACGAAGAAGGCUCCUGCAGAAAAACAACCGACCGGUCGAGUGGUCGGCAUCAUUAAGCGCAACUGGAGAGCAUAUGUUUGUCACAUCGACUCUACAAGUCUCACCUCAAGUAAUGCUACGUCACUCGGGCUUCAAACAGUGUUUGCUACUCCAGUCUCAAGACUUCUCCCUCGCAUCCGGCUACGUACGCGCCAAGCACCGUCACUUGUUGGAAACAAAAUAUUGGUAACAAUCGACCGGUGGGAAAUCACCUCUCGUUAUCCAGAGGGUCACUUCGUUCGUACGCUUGGAAAGGCAGAAAGCAAAGAGGCCGAACAAGAAAGUCUCUUGUUAGAAUUUGAGGUGCCUUAUAGGCCCUUCGGAAAGGCGAUUCUCGACUGUCUGCCUCCAGAAGGCGAGCAAUGGGUUGUUCCGCCUAAGAGUGCAGCAUAUCCGGAAUGGAGAGACCGUGCAGACCUCAGAGAUCUCAUCAUCUGCAGUAUAGAUCCCCCAGGCUGUCAGGAUAUUGAUGACGCCUUGCAUGCGCGUCGUCUGACGAAUGGCAAUAUCGAAGCUGGCGUUCAUAUUGCGGAUGUGUCUCACUUUGUCCACCCGGAGACUGCGAUGGACAAUGAGGCUGCUGCACGUGGAUCUACGGUCUACCUUGUUGACAAGCGCAUUGACAUGUUACCUGCGCUUCUUGGCACUAACCUUUGCUCCCUCAGGCCGCAUGUUGAGCGAUUAGCGUUUUCGGUCAUCUGGGAAAUGACCGUAGAUGCUGAAAUAGUAGACGUCCGUUUCACAAAAUCUGUUAUCGCAUCCAAAGCUGCAUUCGAGUACGGAGAGGCGCAACUUCGAAAAGAUGACCCAAAACUAAACGACAACCUCACGCAAAGCAUUCGACUAUUGAACUCCCUUGCGCAAAAGUUGAAAGCUAAGCGGAUGGCGGCUGGCGCGCUCAAUCUCGCAUCACCCGAGGUCAAGAUUCACCUUGACAGCUCCGAGUCAUCCGAUCCGGUAGAUGUGGAACAAAAAGCGUUACAUGAGACGAACUCUCUCGUUGAAGAAUUCAUGUUGCUGGCCAAUACCAGCGUAGCGAAAAAGACUCAAGAAUCCUUCCCACAAACAUCAACGGCAUCUGCCGCCCCCACCUACAAACUUUGA